AAAAGAAAAAAUAAAAAAAAAAGGUUUUUGAUCAGAACAACGUUUCCCGGCACUUGCAGUCGAACACGUUCCUAGUGUCAAUCUCCGUAAAUAAACCGAAAACCAGUGUUCUUUAAUCCCUGGCUUCACUUUAUUACUGAAACAAGUUUCUCCUUGUUUUCUUUUAUUUUUAAUCUAAUUUUUGUUUUCUUUUUGGAUAUCUUUGAAAAAUUAAAUACUAAAGGACUGAAAAAUAUGGGGAAUGCAAACGGAAGACAAGACGGAGCUAACGGCGGUGUCGACGAUCUAUCCGGAAGAUCCAAUGGCGGCGAGGCCGUUGUUCCUGGAGCCGCUGCAGUUGGAAUUCGCGUGCCAUCGUCUGAUUCAAUGGUGAAUACUCCGCCGCAGAGCCCUGGGCGGUCUCGAUCCCCGCUUUUAUUCGCUCCUCAGGUUCCUGUAGCUCCCUUACCAAGGGCUGAUGGCCAUUCCUUUUUCAACCAAACUUGGCGGCAUGAUUCUCCUGUGGUUGCUGAUAGUCCGUCAGAGAAAGGAAUCCCUGUCAUCAUUACAUGGAAUUAUGGUGGUAAUGACGUGGCCGUUGAAGGUUCUUGGGACAAUUGGAGAUCAAGGAAGAUGCUGCAGAGAUCUGGUAAGGACCACUCAAUUCUUUUGGUCCUUCCACCUGGCAUAUACCAUUACAAGUUCAUUGUCGAUGGUGAAUGGAGAUAUACACCUGAUCUGCCUUUUAUAGCUGAUGAAAUGGGCCGCAUUUGUAAUCUUCUUGAUGUUCAUGACUAUGUACCUGAAAAUCUGGAUAGUGUAGCCGAGUUUGAGGCUCCAGCAUCUCCAACUUCCAGUUACAGUCAGGCAUUUCCAACGGAGGAAGAUUUCGCAAAGGAGCCUGCUGUGGUUCCAUCCCAGCUACAUUUAACUGUCCUCGGUACAGAUGACCAAGAUGGAGCAUCAUCCUCGAAGCCUCAACAUGUUGUACUUAACCAUCUUUUCAUAGAGAAAGGAUGGGCAUCACAGUCUGUUGUUGCCCUCGGAUACACCCAUAGGUUUGAGUCCAAAUAUGUGACUGUUGUACUCUAUAAGCCACUAAAAAGGUAACAUGUGCUUUUCCCAUGCUUGACUCUGUAAAGAAAUCAAAGUGACUUUCAUAUUCGUUUGUGAAGGUACACCUCUGUUUUAUAGAUGAUGCUUCGACAUUUUUUUAACAUGAACAACAUGAACUUUGUUUAUAAAGUUGUGCUUUUAACA